AUGUUGCCCGUGGUCCAGACGGAGAGCCUGCUCUUCAACGGUGUGAGUCAUUCUGCUGACGGAGUGCCCCGGACUGCUACUUUGCCACCUCCGAUGUCACCAGAUUCAGAAGUGGAAGAGCUUGUCGAUAUCUUUUUCGACAUUGAUGUUGCUGUUAACACAUUUUCAAGAAUUGAGUCCUGUGACCUCCAACUGGGAGACACAUGGAGGGGGAUGCAAGGCAAGAUGAGCGUGACAGCGCCGGUUAAGAAGAUAAGAAAAAAGUCUGGCAAUCAGCCUCAAUCUCAAAUAAACAAGUGCUUCAAUGAAAAGCGCCGUCGAGAGCUGGAAAACGAAGUCAUAAAUCAGUUGGAGGAGCUGUUAGGCCCGUGUUUGGCUGAAGUUAAGCAGCCGGACAAGAACGGUAUUGUGAGAGAAGCGACGCGACAAAUCGAGGACGUUCUGAAUCGGCGACGAGAUUGUCCCACCGCCUGUCCUCUUCGCGCUAACCAAUGCUUGUCACCUGUUCAGGCUGGAGAGGUGAGCUCUACACAGCCGCAGCCGUCGUCUUCGGGUUACCAGUACACGGAAAUCUGGACCCUUAUCGAGGCAGUCAAGCAUUACACGAGUGUGCUAGGGUUGAUUUUAAUGGAAAUCAACUCAAAGGGAGAAAUCGAAUGUGUGACUGAAAAUAUUAAGGAGCUCCUUUCAAUCGAACGCACAGAGCUCUAUAAGAAACCAAUUUUUUCACUGCUGCACGUCGACGAUCAUGCAAAACUAGAACCAUUGCUGAGAAGUAUCCAAACGUUUACUUGGGGUUCUACCGAAUCUGAAAAAUUUAAAAACAUUCAAGCCCGCUUCAUUGUGAAGGACACGAGCGUAGCUGAUGGAACCAGGUUCGUGGACAGUGUAAUUCACGCUGCGCCGGUACGCGGCUCAUCCACGGAGGAGGCCGGCUCCGUCAUGUGCGUCAUUCGGCGCUGCGAGUCGGCCGCUACAUCCAAUGACAGCGGAUCAACCAUCGUCUUCAGAUUGGAUUGCAAUUUCAACAUUUUGACUUGUGAUUUAUCCGGAGUUGAGAAUCGUAUAAACUCUCCUAUUUCACUAGCGGGUACUCAUUACCUAGAUCUAGUCGACAGUAGUGACCGCGUACGCGUUUCCACGGAUCUCCAAGAGGUCGUGUGCCGUGGCGGUGGUUUGGUGGUCAGUGAUCCGUUCGGACUUCAGAUUAGAGGUGAAGGACUUCGUUUUAAAGUGAGUGCGCAGUCGCGUCUAUUUCCCACCGCCGGUGAGCCAGAUUUUAUAAUGUCGACGAAUACGAUUCUCGGCGACGACGACGUGGACUUGGUAGAUGCGCCACCGAGACUCGCUCUGGGCGGGCCACUUAUGACGUCCGUCGUAAAUGGAGAGUCUUCAUCCGCGGAUCCUCGCUACCGUCCGUCGAUUAGUCCUGCGCCAGAUCCUGAAGGACAAUUUUCAAUGAAUGAUUUCGAUCUUGAUUCGUGGGCUCCGACUUUCGCAAUGGGUGACAUGCCGAGCGACGACUCAAAAGAACGCAAAGAUUCCGCGUCGGAGGAGUCAGGCGCGCCACUUACUCCGCGUGCGCCGUCCACGCCGGGUGAAGGGCCACCCACGCCGCACACGCCUCACACUCCACUUACGCCGCACCCCGUAGCCGUGCCGGAGAAACCUAACAGACUACGGUCAUUACUCAGCUCUAAGAAGACUACGAAUGAUCCUAUUCUGAAGGACUUGUUAAAUCAAAGUGAUGACGAAGCGAAGAGCGGUGAAACUUCCGCUCCGCACACUCCUCAUACGCCCCAUACGCCGCACACGCCACACACUCCAGCGUCGGCGCUGUCUCCGCUACACAGUGCACAGGCGCACUCGAGACACCCGACUCACCAUACCUCGCAUCAGCCACCGACAUCACAACCAGUUCAGCCAUCACAUCAAAACAAUCAGAUGUUAAAGAUACUGAAUGAUAAACCUGACGAAGAUGGUGACGAAAAUCGAAGAAGCUCAAGUGCGUUGUUGUCACAACUUUUGGCGGGUAGCAAUGGACCUGGAAACGGUCGCACGCAUGAGGGAAAUGACUUGUACCUUGAGAGAAUCGCUGGUAUCAAACGGAAAUUUGAGGAGUCAAAGGCAAAUGCAUCAAAUCCGAAACGUGCUACGCCUGAAAAUCAACAGGUUACAUCCACCGCGGUUCCAUGUUCCUCGACGGCUUCCUCAAACGUAACAAGCCCGGCCACCAGCAGCUCCGGCAAGAGCGAGCUAUGCCUGAAGAAUCAGAUUUUGGUGUCGUUGCUGGCGCGUCAACAGACAACGCCUCCGACACCGCUGCCUAAUCCAAUAUUGCGUGCCUACACUCCGAUGAGGGCCCGUCCGCCUUUACAGCAUCACCCCGCUCAUGCGCCCAGGCAACAUCCACAUACGCUCUCUAACAUGCUCACUUCUAACAACCGCAGUGGUAAUGUAAACGGUGGUCUGGGUGGAGGUGAAGCAGUGUCCGGUGGUGCCGGGGGUACGCAGAGCCACCUGCAGCUGGUUUUGCAGGGAGCACGCGGUGCCUACCCACCCCCCUCGCCACACCCGCAUCCCUCCGGACCCCUUCAUUACGCUACACCUGCGCCGCACCACGUAUAUAACACACAGCCGCCGGGUGGUAACACUCGCGUGCAAAGCGGAGGCAAUAACGGAGAUAGCGAAGCGCAUAGCGAUAAGACUCUGUCAGAGAUACUCGAUGAGCUUAUUGAGAACAACGAACGCGCAAACGCUUCAGAGCACAGCCUCAUGGACUUGGAUAGCAUACGAGCUACUAGAAACGAUUUGAUGGGAGUAAAUGAGAAGAAGGCAGCAAUAAACGCUAUUACACAAAGCCUCAUGCAGUGUGAGACUGUUAGCAAGAGUCCUGUCUCUUCUAGUCCUGCACCACCUGUAUAUCCAGCGCAAAGUCCUGGGGUUUGCACAAUGAGCGGCGCAGGCGCUGGCUCUGGAACUAGUGGUGCAGCUUUGUAUGGCAUGUCGCGGGGCGAAAGCGCACAGUCGGCCCGCGCACGCGCCUUUGUCGAGCAGCACCGUGCGCGGCUUCUGCACAUGCAAGAGUCGCAGCAAAUGCUCGUCUCUCCUGAGGCCGCUGAGCAGCCUCAAACAGAUCUCGGUUCAACUAUUAAUGCUCUCGUCUCAGCGACUCCGCCUAAUGUUACUUUGUUGCCGAGAGCUGACUUUCAUCAUAUAUAUCACCCGACAAGUCAAAUGGGCUCAAGUUACGGUACAAAUAAAAUAGUAACGUCUCAGCAAAGUUCCAUGUUGAGUCGACAACUUCAUGGUGGCGGUGGAGGAGGGUACGGCCCGAGUGUGUCCGGCGUAUCGAACGUAUCGGGCGUGUCCCCUGCGGCACUCCACACGCCCGUCACGCCUCAACCUUACCACCGUACGCCGCGCCCGCAUCUCGUGGGCGGUUACUAUGAAGAAAACGAGUACUGCGGCGAGUAUGUGCGGCGGGCGGGCCACGCGCAGCACCCGCCGCACGCGCCGCACCCCCCGCACCCGCCGCAUCCGCCCCAUCCGCCUCAUCCGCCGCACUCGUCGCACGCGCCACACGCGCCCCACCUCUCGCCUCAUGACCAUCUCUCAUAUAUGGGGGGUUCAGCAGGGGGCGGAUCCAGUGUGAACGCGGGCGCAGGCGGCACGUCGGAGUACGUGCGCAACGAACUGCGCGCCGUGGUCGGUGCGCGUUCGGGUCGUCCUGAGAUGCACGCUGUGCACGCCCCGGAACUAGACCCGCUACUCACAUUUGACAUGCCCGCACCCGGUGGCGGCAGUGUGGUGGGGGGCCGAGCUACUUCGGCGUCGACAAACACAAACACGUGGAAGUCGCAACAGAGCACACCGAAUAUUAUGGAGGCGGGCUCGGCGGGAGCGGCGGCGGCGGCGGGUCCGGGGCCAGCGGGCGGUGAUGAGGCGCAGGCGACGGGCACGGGUUCAAGUAAAGCGUCGUUGCUGCAGAAGCUGCUAUCGCAGUAA